UGCAUCCUCUGAUCCAUAAUCCAGUCUUAAAGCAAUACAAUUUUGCAAAAAAUGAAGCAAGCUCCCAUUAAUUUUGCUACUUAUCUCCUGCUCUUGGUUGUUCUUCUUGCCACUUCUAGUGUUCUAGUUGAUGGGCAUGAGUGUAAGCCAAGCGGCAAGAUUAAGGGAACGAAGCCUCCAAAGGGUGGAAGAAACCAUGGUGAUGAUUCUGAUUCCUGUGAGGCAGGCAAGCAUUACCCCAUCUACAAGUGCUCACCUCCCGUAACCAAACAUACAAAGGCGACUUUAACUAUCAACAGCUUUGAGAAAGGUGGCGACGGCGGAGCACCAUCGGAAUGUGAUGGAAAGUUCCACAGCGACCACAAACCGGUGGUGGCAUUAUCAACUGGGUGGUUCAAUAACAUGAAGAGAUGUCACAAGUUCAUCAAAAUACAUGGAAAUGGAAGGAGCGUGAAGGCUAUGGUGGUGGAUGAGUGUGACUCAACUAUGGGAUGUGAUAAAGAUCAUGACUUUCAGCCACCAUGUCCAAAUAAUAUUGUUGAUGCUUCUAAAGCAGUUUGGAAAGCUUUAGGUGUUAAAGAAAGUGACGAUAGAUUUGGAUUUAUGGAUGUCACUUGGUCUGAUGCUUGAUUUAACAGCUUCCAUUGCUGUGUUCUUGUCUUUUGGUUCUUACGAGAAUGCUUUUGUUUUCUACUGCAUUAAUAAGAUUGCUUAUUAGUAAAAGCAGUAGGCAUGAAUUCUUGUAUCAAUAAAUAACCGUUUGUUGCAUUAUUUCUAAGUGCAAAGCUAAUAAUUGAGAACACAGUGAAAAUUAAUUGUAUUAUUCUCCCUUUCAAUUCAAAUUUUUUGAAUUUAGAUUUAAA